AUGUCUUCGAAGGGUCUCGACAACAGUGGCUCUGAGACUGACGUGAACGUCAUCGGCGACGAACUUCCUCCUUCAACCGGGGACGUCCUUGGGUCUGUUGAGCCUCAUGUCUUCUCUAACCCCAGACGUGCCGCGCACUGGCAACAGGUCUACGAUGAUGCGACAUAUGAGGGCAGACACAGGUUUGAUGCCUCGUUGACAUGGUCAGCUGAAGAGGAGAAGAGGCUCAAGAAGAAGCUCGAUUGGAGGAUCAUGGCUUGGGUUUGGAUCAUGUUUUCGAGCCUCGACUUAGUUCGCAGAAACAUCAACCGGGCUGUCUCCGACAACAUGCUCGAUGAUUUAAAAAUGAAUACAAACGACUACAAUACCGGCCAGACGAUCUACCUAGUUUGUUUCCUCGCCGCCGAGCUGCCUGGAGGCUUGAUCAGCAAGAAGGUCGGGCCGUUCAGAUAUACACCCACCAUCAUUACGAUAUGGGGCACUCUCUGUGCUUUGCAGACAGUCAUGAACAACCGCGCCAGUUUCUGGGCAUUCCGAGCGGUGCUCGGAUUCGUUCAAGGAGGCUUCAUCCCCGAGAUGGUUCUGUAUCUUUCCUAUUUCUUCAAAAACAACGAGCUGCCGAUCCGUUUGAGCGUUUUCUACACCGUCAUACCCGUAACGCAGAUCUAUGGCGCACUUCUUGCGGCCGGCUUUCUCGCUAUGAGAGGCAUUCACGGAUGGGCCGGAUGGCAAUGGCUCUUCCUCCUCGAGGGUCUAAUCUGCAUCGUCAUCGGCCUGGUCAGCUUCUUCGUCAUGCCACCCUCCGUCACGGAGCCAGCCAGAGCUUUCCGGCGCCCAGACGGAUCCAACAAGUGGUGGACCGAACGCGAGGAGAAGAUCCUCGUCAACCGCAUCCUGAGAGACGACCCCACCAAAGGCGACAUGAACAACCGCACCGCCGUAACGCUACAGGGCCUCUGGGCCGCGCUCACCAACUUCGACCUCUGGCCCAUCUUCCUAGUCGGUAUCUUUGCCUGGAUCCCCUUCCAGCCGACGGCCAACUACCUGUCCCUCAUCCUGCGGGACAUGGGCUAUUCGGUCUUCGAGUCCAAUAUGUUGGCGAUUCCGAGCUAUGCCCUGUUCGCCGUCAACGUGCUCAUCUUCGGUUGGCUGUCCGAGUACUUCAAAGAGCGAUCUCUCAUCUCCUCGUGCAGCAACAUCUGGAUGCUCCCGUUCUUCAUUGCUCUGGUUGCACUUCCCGAGAGCGCGAGUCCUUGGGUUCGAUACGCGCUUUUGACGGGAAUCAAUUCAAUUCCGUACACGCACUCUAUUCUUGUCGGGAUGACGAGCCGUAACGCUCGCAGUGUGGGUACUCGCGCCGUGUCUACUGCCGUCUACAACAUGACAUACCAGGUGGGCAGCAUAGCUGCGGUAAACAUCUACCGAGACGAAGAUAAACCAUACUACUACACUGCAAACAAAGCCUUGAUCGGUCUUUGCGUCGCAAACAUCCUGUUGUUCAUCGGCAUGAAGCUCUACUACAUCUGGCGCAACCGCGUCUUGGAGAGGAAAUAUGCGGAGGCAUCCGUGGCAGAAAAGCAGACCUCCAUCGACAUGCGCUUUGCUCAUUAA